UUUUCGAAAGUGUGACAAAUAAGACAGCAUGGAUCAAAACGCUUUCAGGUCUCUCCUUUCGGCCCCGCGUGCAGACGGAUCAAGUUCAUCUCGAGGGGUCCUUGGUGCACCUCCCCCCAAACGUGGAUGGGGUUUGAAGGCCAAAGAAGGGUAUGAGAAGAAAGAAGAGCCACCUAAAGAAAAGGAAAGCCGGCCUGCUUUCGCUCCUCGGCAGCAGAUGAAAAAGGACAGCAAAUACAAAGACAGAGCAGACCUACGUAGAAAAGGUGCCGACGAUGAGUUCAAAUCGGUGGAAAAGCUGCUUGAGGACUUUGAAGCUCGUAAAGCUAAUGCCACCGCCGAAGAGCUGGAAGCGAUUGAAAAGCAACGGGCCUAUCUUGGCGGCGAUGCUGAGCACUCAGUACUGGUAAAGGGCUUGGACUAUGCUUUACUCGCAGCCAGGAAAGCGGAGUUGGCGAGAGAAGAAGCAGAGGAUAUGGACGAGGAACUCGAGGAGCUUGGGAGAGGAUUGAAAGGCAAAAAGAACGCUGGCGCGAAAGAAGACGUUGUUGAGGAAGAGAAGGCCAAGCAGGAGACUCUUGGAAGAGGGUUCAAAUCCAUUGCCCAAAAGAAGGCUGAAGCAAAAGCUGCUGUAGACGAGAAAAAGAAGAAGAAAAAGAAGAAGAAGGCCAAAGUCGAAAACAUUGAUGCCCCUGCUCCCGCUGCGUCUCAGGACAUUGACAUGCCCAAGGAUACAGGAACAACAAAACCUGUCGAAGAAACUCAACCAGUGACGAAGUCAGCUCCUCCUCCACCUCCCGAAUCAGAUGAGGAUGAAGACAUUUUUGGUGAUGUUGGCGAAUAUGAUCUUAGAGCAGCUGCUGGGCCCGAGUCCGAUUCAGACGAUGAAGAUGAGGCAAUGAGCGUUGACACCAAAGAAAGCCACAGGGAAGGGAUGGUUUCGAGAGGAAGGAGUCGCAGUCGAUCAUUCUCUAGAGAUGGACCGUAUUCUCGGGACCGGUCUUUGUCAAGAAACCAUGGUUAUGGAAAGGGAUUAGGACCGAGAUCCCCUGGUAGGAGACAUUCGCCUGGAAAAAGGACGAGGUCAAGAUCGAGGGAGUACAGGUAUCUUUCAAGGUCAAGAUCAAGAUCAAGGGAAUAUUCCGGUCGACGGUAUACCCGGUCACCUUCAUACGACCGGUACGACCGUAGACGCUCCGUUUCACCAUAUCGGCGGCGCUCUCCUUCCCCAUACCGCCAACGUCGGCGUUCUCCUUACUCUCGUUCUCGUAGUCCCGUCUACAAAGAGGAUUACAAGCGUCGCAGAACAGCCUACGAUAGGUCAUCUUCCCCCAGGCGAAGGUAUGCUUCUCGAUCUCGAUCUCCCCCUCGCCACCGACAUCCACCUUCUCCUUCCCCAAAGAGUCGAUCUAUCUCCAGAUCGCCACCUGCCCCUGUUCGAGAGCGGUCUCGCACGCGUUCACUCUCUCCCAUCCUCAACUAUUCUUAUCCCCCUCUAUCUCCUUCCCGUUCUCCAUCUCCAUCUUCAGACGAGGGCACUGCUGCAGGCACCCGCCUACAACCUCUCGCUUCUUCUGCUAUCCCAUCUCUCAAAACCUUCUUGGCUGCUCAAGAUGCUGCGUCUAAAGAGGCGGAAAAGAAGGCAAAGAAGGCCAAAUGGCGAGCCCAGCAAGGAUUGCCUGCGCAGGAGGGUGAUGAGGGUGACUUUAAGUCUAGUAAGGGCAAGGACAUGAAUGAGAAGCAAAAGGCAAACCGAGAUUACCAGCUCUUGAUGAACAAAAUGAAUAAAGAGAAACAAGGGGAGAAGAGUGGCAACAAAGGAUGAGCUGAUAGAUAUACGGAUAUCAUAUGUACAACCUGCAAUGAUAUAUAUAUAUAUAUAUUAUAUAUAUAAUAUGUAU